AUGGGAAGCACGCGGUGUGCUGCGCUCCAUCCAAACAGGAGCGGGUGUGCGUUUUUACGCACGGCUGCAGGAGCCGUCCGAUCCGAGCAAGCUCUGCGCUGUCACGAGCAGGUCGUUAUGUUCCUCUCAGUGAUGUCGCUCGUCCUGGUUCUAGCGGUGUCAGCCCAUCCUCAGUGCCUGGACUUCGCGCCACCCUUCAAACCUCCGUGGCACCUGGAGUUCUGCACACAGUACGAGCAGUUUGGCUGCUGCGACCAGAAGGCGGACAACAUGAUCGCGGAGAGAUACUGGGACAUUAUCCAACUGCUGGAAAUGCAGGGCGAAGAGCUCUGUGAAGACAUGCUGAAGGAAAUCAUGUGCCAGGAGUGCUCGCCUUAUGCCGCACACCUGUACGAUGCUGAAGACCCGUACACACCUGUCAGAGAGCUGCCCGGAUUUUGCUUUGGCUUCUGCUCUGAGUUUCAUGGCAAAUGUUGCCAUGUGGUUAAAUAUUUAGCGGGGAACCAGCUGCUGCAGGCGACCUGUGAGCAGUCCACGUCCACAUUCUGUAGCAUGGUUGAGUUGAGCGACCAGGACUACUGCUACCCAAAUGUUUUGAAGACACCUGACCUCAUCAGCAAUCUGGGGAGUGUGGUCAAAGAUCCUAGAGGGUGUCUCCAGCUGUGUUUGACAGAGGUGGCUAACAACCUCCGCAACCCAGUGCUGAUGCUGCACAGCAGUGACGGUACACACCGUAUGUUCAUUGCCGAGCAGGUGGGCUUUGUGUGGGUGUACCAGCGUGACCGCAGCCGGGUGGAGCAACCCUUCCUGGAUAUGAGCGGAGAAGUGAUGACCACGCCCUGGCUUGGGGAUGAGAGAGGAUUCCUGGGCAUGGCCUUCCAUCCCAAGUACAGAGACAACGGGCGCUUCUUCAUCUACUACUCCAUCCAGAUCAACAGCAAGCUGGAGAAGGUCCGCAUUAGUGAAAUGAAAGUAUCUGCCCAUGAUAUGAACAUGGCUGAUCCUCACUCAGAGAGGGUCAUUUUGGAGAUUGAGGAGCCGGCUGCAAACCACAACGGUGGCCAGAUCCUGUUUGGCCUUGAUGGCUAUUUGUACAUCUUCACUGGAGAUGGAGGGAAAGCAGGAGAUCCCUUUGGGAAACAUGGCAAUGCACAAAACAAGAGUGCUCUGCUGGGAAAAGUCUUGCGUAUCGAUGUCGAUGGCAUGGACAUUGGUGGGAAGCAGUACAUGAUCCCUCCUGAUAAUCCAUUCCUUGGUGACCCAGACGCUCGACCAGAGGUGUUUGCAUAUGGGGUCCGAAACAUGUGGCGAUGCUCCAUUGACCGCGGCGAUCCGGUCAGUGGGUAUGGCCGGGGCCGCAUAUUCUGUGGAGACGUGGGCCAGAACCGCUUCGAAGAGAUUGAUAUUAUUGUUAAAGGCGGAAACUAUGGAUGGAGAGCCAAAGAGGGCUUUGAGUGUUAUGAUCUCAAACUGUGUCACAACUCCUCAUUAAACGACAUCCUCCCUAUAUUUGCCUACAACCACCAUGUUGGGAAGUCCGUAACGGGAGGAUACGUGUACAGAGGAUGUGAAUCACCCAAUCUGAAUGGCCUGUACAUUUUUGGCGAUUUUAUGAGUGGUCGUAUUCUGGCUUUGGAGGAAGAUACGACAACAGGAACCUGGGAGGAGAAGAGCGUGUGUAUGGGUGAGACAAAGACCUGCUCUUUUCCAGGACUCAUUAACCACCACCACAAGUUCAUAAUCUCGUUUGCUGAAGAUGAAGCAGGAGAACUGUAUUUCCUGGCCACAGCGUACCCCAGCGCCAUGUCUCCCUCAGGAACGGUUUUUAAAUUCAUGGACCCCUCCAGGAGAGCUCCUCCAGGGAAAUGUAAGCAGAAGCCACUCCCAGUCAAUGUGAGGGGCAAAAAGAUUCCCUUUGUGCCCAGAGAAUUGACUGUGCUGGACACAAACGAAAAGCCUACAAGACCUCCACCGAGAACAUUCAAACUCACCACCAAACCCCCAGUCAGGAUCCAGGUUAAAACCACAACAGCCACCAGCACCACCAGCACCACGCGGAAACCCAAAUGGAAAUCAGCCGUUAAGCCAUGGAUGAGACGUAAAGAGCUGAAAAAGCAGGCCGCUAAGGCCCAACAUAAGAAAAAUGCCUUAAAACUCAAAAGUAAGCAACAGUUGAAGCUUGUCAAAGCGAAGACAAAGACAAACGUGAAGGAUGGCAACCGAACAGUCACAGCCGGCUUCCAGAAGACUCCUCUAGGACAGAUCCAGCAAAGCGGGAAAAAACAAAACCCACACCACAAAGAAUUCCGUACAGAAAAGUGCAAAGAAGCAAACGGGACUUGUGAAGAACAUACAAAAGAUGAAAGAAUCUGUUAA